AUGGUGGUAGACUCAAGGGUCAGAAUGAAUAACUUUGUGAUGGGAGUGUCUGAUUCGGUAGUCAAUGUAUGUCGUUCGACAAUGCUUAUCCCAAGUAUGAAUAUUUCAAGUCUUAUGGUCCAUGCCGAACAAAUUGAGGAGCAAAAGCUCAAGAAAAUGAAUAGGGAGGUGAAGAGGGCUAGGACCGGUGAUAAGAACUUUUCCAAUGUUAAGUCUGAUGGGCAAGGUCGGCAAAGGUUCAAACAAAGUUCCUCUAGUGCUUGCCCAAUGGUCAACAAGGAUAGCGUACUUAACCCUAAGCCUCAAAAAGGGUAUGACAAGAUUCGCCAUCAAUUGAAGAAUUACCCAACACUUACAGCCAAGGGAAGAGAAGAUAAGCAAAAUCCACCAAGCGGUUCACACUCCAAUGCUAAAAAGCAAAACCACUUUUAUGCUCUUCGAGAAGACCAUGAGAGCUCACCGGAUGUGGUGACUGGUAUGUUACAAGUCUUUUCUAUUGAUGCAUAUACUUUGUUAGACCCCGGUGCCACUUUGUCCUUUGCGACACCUUUUAUGGCCAUGAAAUUUGAAAUACUCCCCGAAGUGUUAUUGGAGCUUUUUUCAGUUUCUACUCCAGUUGAAGAUGAAAAGAAAGAGUUAGUCCGAGAGGUUCAUAGAUUGGCCCAGCUAGGUGUCCAACUAGUAGAUUCUCCUAAGGGUGAUUUCACGGUUCACAGUGGCUCUGAAUCAUCCUUUGUGGUAGAUGUGAAGUCUAAACAAGGACUUGAUCCUAUAUUAAUAUAA